UUCAUUCAAGUCCACGACGGGAUCAUCCAUGUAUUCUCGAAACUACGAAUCGUAGGAAUAUAAUCAGUGAAUUUAUGGAACUAUUGCAAUGAGCAAUCGGUGACAUCUCUUGAAUCAGGCGUGAUUUCAGCCCAAUAACAAGUAUCUCGAAUCCAUCGUCAGGUACUCUACGAAGCAAAGGAAACGCUUUCGGGAUCCAGGCUCUCACGGCACACUGCACAUGCAGCAGCACCAGAUCGAAAAGAAGUCCAACUUUAUGUACUCAGUGCCUUCAGCGGCAUGUGAAUACGAUGGCAGCUGAUCAACCCGUGCUCGGUGCGGCUUCUGACCCGACCGAACCGAACCUUGCUUUGGUCCUACCACUCCCUGUAAUGCUUUUUUUAAGAGCGCUCAGGGCAUCUUCUUUCCAGCGCGUGCGUGCACCUGUGCAACAGAAGGGCCUGUUCCCCCACACCACCCUCCGACUCAUGUCGCAUCACGCUGGCGAAUCCACUUUGCGGCCAGAGCCUGACAAAGUCCUGCAAGAUAUUGCAGACUAUGUGCAUGGCCAUAAAAUAGACUCGCCCCUCGCGUUUGAGACAGCUCGGCUUUGCCUAAUCGAUACCAUUGGCUGUGGAUUGGAGGGUUUGCGGUUCCCAGAGUGCACCAAGUUGUUGGGACCGGUUGUCGAGGGCACGGUCGUUCCAAAUGCUGGCGCAGGCACCAAGGUUCCGGGAACGAACUACCAAUUGGAUCCUAUUCGUGGCGCGUUCAACAUUGGCACUAUCAUUCGUUGGCUCGACUUCAACGACUGUUUCCUUGCUGCUGAAUGGGGUCACCCCUCUGACAACCUGGGGUCCAUUCUCGCUGUCGCUGAUCAUCUCGCGCGACAAGGCCAACGCUUGACCGUGCACGACAUCUUGGAAGGCAUGAUCAAGGCGCACGAAAUCCAGGGAUCUUUGGCGCUGCUCAACUCAUUCAAUCGCGUUGGUUUGGAUCACGUCGUCCUGGUCAAAGUCGCGUCCACAGCCGUUGUUUCCAAGCUUCUCGGUCUUAGCCGGGAUCAAACGAUCGAUGCCGUGUCCCAGGCCUGGGUCGAUGGUCAAUCGCUUCGUACUUACCGCCAUGCUCCCAAUACUGGUCCUCGCAAGUCUUGGGCUGCGGGUGACGCUUGCUCCCGGGCUGUCAAUCUCGCAUUGCUGGUGAAAAAAGGCGAAAAAGGUCUCCCGUCGGUGCUCACUGCCAAGACCUGGGGUUUCUACGACGUUCUCUUCAAGGGCAAGCCAUUCGAGUUCCAGAUCCCUUAUGGCUCAUACAUUAUGGAAAACGUCCUGUUCAAGAUCUCGUAUCCGGCAGAAUUCCACGCUCAGACCGCUGUUGAGGCUGCCCACAUUCUCCACAAGAAGCUCAAGGCCCUCGGAAAGACCGCUGAAGAUAUCAAGAGCGUUCGCAUCCGCACUCAGGAAGCCGCCAUCCGGAUCAUUGACAAGCAGGGACCGCUGGACAACUUUGCGGACCGGGACCACGCCAUUAGUUACAUGGUUGCCUACCCGCUUAUCUUUGGCGAACUGACCUCCGAGAGCUACACUGAUGCCUCGGCCGCUGACCCUCGGAUUGAUGCUCUCCGGGCCAAGAUAUACUGCGUCGAAGAUAAGCGAUUCAGCGUCGAAUACCACGAGCCGGCCAUGCGUUCGAUCGGUAACGCGUUGUUGAUCGAGUUGAAUGACGGAACCACCUUGGAAGAGGUUGCAGUCGAAUAUCCCGUCGGCCACAAGAGACGACGGGAAGAGGGAACACCUCUGUUGAUGAACAAGUUCCAGCGCCACAUCUCGCACCACUUUGACGAGGCACAUCAAGCCAAAAUCUUGGAAACGGUGUCGAACGCUGACUCGUUCUCCAAAAUGCCUGUCGACAAGUUCACGGAUCUCUUUGUCAAACCUUGAGAAGCACGCAAUUACAUCGAUAUCUACAACCAUAGGGAAGGGUAUAUAAGUACUGUGUAGUAGUUACGGCCCGUGGCGGCCAAGACCACGCGCACUCUUGCUGACGUCGUUCGCUAUCGCCUGUUUGGCUCUCGCCCGCUUUUGUCUGAAAACCGAUCAGGAAACGCUCGACUCGCUCCGAAAACUGCGCUUACUCCUCUGCUGCCUCCCUCUCGAGGAAUCGGACAUGGUCUUUGGCUUCGCGGACCAUGGCGCGUGCCUGAUUGAGGGCUGCGUCGGCAGCAGCCUCUGCUUUCUCUGCUGUUACAACCUUUUCCUUCGCAGCUAUGAUCGUGGGGUCUUUGUGGACGUCAAACGGCUUCCGUCCAGUAGCCCGGCUAUUUGAAGUGCGCAAACUAGCGGUGCGAGCCAAGUGAUCGCUGCCUGAGCUGCGUCCUCCCAAGCUCGAGUCUUCCGAAGAACGUCGACGCGCGAAGAAGCCUCGGGAGGGCGCUGGUUGGUGUGCGAUAGGCUCCGGGGUUGGAGAACGCUGUCGAGAGAAAAAUCCUCCGCCCUUGCGCGGUGGGUGUGAAACUGCGGCGGCAACCACCGGGUCAGGUCCCGCGGGAUGCGACUUGAAUAGGGGCAUCGCUAAAACGGGUAAGAACGACCGUCGCUUGCGUCAAAGUUGUGCGCGUACAUUCGGACUGUGUGUGAAAAGGCUUGGGUUUGGAGAAUUGGAGAUCCCUCCAAUAUGACGAAUUUAUAGAGCAAUGGUCAUGACGUCACUUCAUGCACUCCACCUUCCACGAGUCCACCUCAAGCAUUGGCUUAUCGGAAAGCGUUGAUCGGGAAGAUCCUGUCAGUUGUUGUGGAAGGUUGCUUGAGCGGGCCGAAUAUGCCCGGCACAGCCCGGUAAAGGUUGAUGGCCUAGACCGGGCCUCACCUGUUGUCUGAAUCCACCGUCGGUUGUAAUACAGUAAUGUCGAACAAGAUAGUGCCCUCCAUUUACCGCGCAGUCAUCGACGAGGUCAUUGCCUCCAUUCGACCCGAGUUCGAGGAGUACGGCGUCCCGGAGGACGUCCUGGCUGAAUUACAGCAUAAAUGGGAAGACAAAGUUAUUGCCUCGAGAGUAGCUGACUUUGAACCCGUGGCACCAGCCGCUCCUCCAGCUACGCAAUAUCCUCCACAUCCCCACCAUCAGAUGGCGGCCCCCUAUCUGCCUCACUCUGCCUAUGCCCCGCCGCCUCCAUCUGCCCUUCCCCAGAGCAGUAGCUCGACUUCUCCAGUCAAAUCUGAACCUGUUGACUCUCGGCACAUCUUGAACCACGCGCACAGUACACUCUACCGCUCCUUCCAGGGCCUCAACUUAGCAUUGGGACUACUGGUCGCCCCAAUCCUCUCGGGCAGACCAGUAUUCUAUCGUUUCCCCCUGGACCCCCAACAUCCAAUCGGCCACCCAGUGUCCCUCAAGUAGACGGCCCUUCGGAUGACUCUGAGGAUUCAUCGACACCGCCUCCUACAGCUUAUGCUCCCCGGACAUUGCAUCCCUCGUUGCCUCAACCCCUGCCUGUUGCGUCGACAUCAGCACCUGUUGACUCCGAAGCGAUCAAUAGCGAUCUCGACGAUUCAGACACCGAGGACGAAGACUUGGAAGAAGCCUCCGGAGCUAAUGCGGAUAUCGUGUUCUGUACUUAUGACAAGGUUGCCCGUGUCAAAAGCAAAUGGAAGUGCAUUCUGAAAGAUGGAAUGAUCCAUGCCAAUGGAAAGGACUAUCUAUUCUCAAGAUGUACUGGUGAAUUCGAUUGGGUUUAGACCUUAAUUUACCCUUCACAUUGUUAUCGUGCUUUGAAAUCCAUGUAUCCUGUCUGCUAUCACCCAUUACGGUCACAUCUAUCGCCUGCCUCUAUCUACUUAUAUCCAAAGGCGCAAUCUUAUACAGUGCUUAUCAUCUGGAUCUUUCUAAGUUGUUUGUUGGAUCCCUACACGGAAGUUCACCAGUCUUGGUCCCAUUCCAGUCAACGUCCCGUGAUCUCUGAGAAACACACAGGGGUUAGGGUUCGCAGUCUGAGUCAAGGACGGCCGCGACGACAAAGCCCAUUGCGUCCCGUCCCCAGCUCUCAUGUCCCCUUCUAGUACGAGCGACGACGUGCAUCUGGGUCCACCCCCCAUUACAGCAGGUGGCACAUACACCAUCCAAACCGUCAGUGUCGGUUGCAAGAUAUUCAUUACCGUCCGGGCUCGGAUGGAGAGACGGAGGAACGCUUAGCCGAAGUCCUGUCCAUCCGCGACAAGUCCAGCGCGUCAUCUCGUUACAAAGUCGUCAAACAGGAGGACACCCACCCUGCAGAUAAAUGGGAAUUCUUCGUGCACUGGGACACGUUCAACAAGCGUCUGGAUGAGUGGGUUACAGGGUCGCGGUUGAUUCUGAGUCGGGAUCUGGAGUGGCCACGGCCCAAAGCACCACCGGUCAAGAAAGCUCCCGCAACCAAGAAGGCGCCUGGCAAGGUUCCACGCGCGCAGAACCUGCUAAAGAAGGCCACGUCCAACGCAGCCUUUGCUGCCUCCCCUGCUGCCAGUCCAAGCCCUUCGAUAUCCGUGUUCUCUCCUGCCUCUCCCUCACCAGGACCUUCCUCUUUGAAACGCAAAGUGCCACACGACGAACAGGAGGAAGAGGAGGAAGAGGAACCAGCCGACGAGGAUGCAGAUGCAGAGGGGGAGAUGGACGUUGAUGGAGAGGGCGAGACUUUCGAUCUAAGCCUGGCCCAGCCAGCUGCAAUAGAGGAGCAGACCGCGCCCGACACCUUCAGCAAGGAGCAGGAGAUCGAGAAACUUCGCACCUCGGGCUCGAUGACGCAGUCGGUUUCGGAAAUCGCGCGCGUUAAGAAUCUGAAUCGCAUUCAGAUUGGAAAGCACGAAGUCGACGCUUGGUAUUUCUCCCCGUACCCCCAAGAAUACGCCCACCUCCCCAUCCUGUAUAUUUGCGAAUUUUGCCUGUCUUUCUUUCCCUCUCCCAUGAUGCUUUCACGACACCGCUUGCGAUGUAACAUGUUGCAUCCUCCGGGCAAUGAAAUCUACCGCUGCGACGACAUUUCUUUUUUCGAAAUCGACGGAAAGCGCCAGCUGACUUGGUGCAGAAAUCUGAGCUUACUAUGUAAAUGUUUUCUUGACCAUAAAACGCUGUAUUACGAUGUAACACCAUUUAUGUACUAUGUCAUGGUGCAACGAGAUUCGACCGGAUGCCAUGUGAUUGGGUACUUUUCCAAAGAGAAGGAAUGUGCGGAGAACUACAACGUCGCUUGUAUUCUCACUCUGCCUCAACACCAGCGAUAUGGCUACGGCAAGCUGCUGAUCGAGUUCUCGUAUGAACUGAGCAAGAAGGAGGGCAAGCUGGGAAGUCCAGAGAAACCGCUCAGUGAUCUCGGCCUGCUGAGCUACAGAUCAUACUGGGCAGACACCAUCCUCGAACUGCUGAUGGGCAUGGGUGAUGGUGAGACGGAGAUGAGCAUAGACGACAUCGCCCAGAGGACUUCAAUAACCCAUGCCGAUGUUACCAACACAUGCGCCACCCUGGGCCUCUUCCGCCACUUCAAGGGGUCCCACAUCAUCUGCCUGAACAACGCUGUGAUAGAGCGUUACGAGAAGGCGCGCACCAAACGCAGGAGGAGGAUAAACCCAGAAUGUCUCAAAUGGAAACCGCCCGUCUUCACGAGAGACCAGCUUCGUUUUGGUUUUUAGAGCAUGUAUCAAUAAUACAGUAUAUAAGUCGAG